AUGGCUGAAAGUACGAUAGAGGAUACAUACCGCGGCCCUCGCCAUCAAGGCGAGUACGAUCGCUUACGUAUCCAGCAUGAGCUUGCCAAGACUGCAAUGCAAGGAAAGCUGCUAUAUUCCCCAGUAGAUUUGACACAACCCAAUCUCCGCGUCCUGGACUCAGCAACGGGCGAGGGAACCUGGCUCAUUGAUCUUGCUCAAUCUGUACCAGCUUCGGCAAGUUUGUUCGGCACUGAUAUAGCCCCUCAACAUUUUAUGGCCCAAGACCAACGACCCUCCAACGUGCACCUCUCUCAUCAUUCGAUCUUUGAACCCUGGCCGGCUGAAUACCAGGACAGUUUUGAUGUGGUCCAUCAACGCUUUGUCUUAACAGUGGGUUCUGAUGAGGCUGCUCAGGAAGCUGUGAAACACCUUUUUGCUUGCGCAAAGCCGGGUGGUUUCAUUGAGCUUCACGAGGGGGACAUGUUGUCAAUCCAGGAGGGGCCAGACCACGUGGCAUUCAUGAAGUUCCGCGAUAUUAUGGUCAACGCAUGGAAAGCUAUUGGCCAUCAGCCAAAUCCGGGGUCAUUUCUAGCGCAGUGGUUGAAGGGAGCCGGUGCAAUAGAUAUCCAACAGGAUCGCCAAACCAUCAAGGUAGGAGCCGCAGCCGAUGAUAAAGAGCAAGGGGAGAGAGCGUUGGCCGUACUGCUUCAUCUUUUAGACGGAAUGAAGAAGAUGUUGAGUGAUAAACCAGGGCAGCCAACAAGUAGCGAGUUUGAUGAUCUUCGGCGUGAGCUAGAGCAUGAACUCCGCACUGUCGGUAACGUGUACUAUUAUCACCUUGCGUGGGCAAAGAAGGCCACUGUUGGUUGA